AAUUUGGAAUAAAUAGGGCUACACUCUCCUGCCACCCAGCACAGGUACCAUACGGUACGAGCAGCGCAGUCCAAGGGCGAGCGACGUCUACUAGAGAGGGAAGCAGGGGUUCUGCUGGAAGUUGGAGGAGGAUCUCAACCGCGGCCACCAUGGAGCUAACGGAUACCUCUCUCUGCUCCUUCUCCUCCGCCGACGACUUCUACGACGACUCUUGCUUUUCCACUUCAGACAUCCACUUCUUCGAGGACCUGGACCCCAGGCUGGUGCACGUUGGGUUGCUCAAAGCCGACCAGGUGGCGACCGAAGACGAGCACAUCCGAGCGCCCAGUGGCCACCACCAGGCCGGCCGCUGCCUGCUGUGGGCUUGCAAGGCGUGCAAGAGGAAAACGACCAACGCCGACCGACGGAAAGCGGCCACCAUGCGAGAGAGGCGGCGCCUGAGCAAAGUGAACGAGGCGUUCGAGACGCUCAAGAGGUGCACGUCCACCAACCCGAACCAGAGGCUGCCCAAGGUGGAGAUCCUCAGGAACGCCAUCAGGUACAUCGAGAGCUUGCAGGCUCUCCUGAGAGAGCAGGACGACAACUACCUGGCGGUCAUGGAUCAUUACAGUGUCGACUCGGAUGCCUCCAGCCCACGGUCCACUUGCUCGGAUGGGAUGUUGGAUUGCAGCGGGCCCGCCUGCGGUAGGAGACGCGCCGCCUACGACAACACUUACUUCUCGGAUACGACAAACGAUGUGAAAACUGGCAAGAGUUCCGUGAUCUCGAGCCUGGAUUGCCUUUCUAACAUCGUCGAACGGAUCUCCACCGACCGGCCGACUUGUCCGGUGAUGAUGGUGCCAGACGCGACCAUGGUUAGUCCUUCGUCUCCCCGGGAAGGCGCCACUUUGAGCGAUCCUUUGGCCAUUAUCCCAUCGCCGAACAACUGCACCGUCACCGAGCUACCGCCCGACAACCCAAUCUACCAGGUUUUAUAACCGGCGAACCCAACUACCGAGGGUGCACUGGUGAAACGAUUGAACCCAAAACUGACCGCAGGAGACAGUGCCGGUCUCUGAAAUCGGUUCCUAACGAAUGGAGGAACCUACCAAUAAACAGACCAUUGCCGAGAUCGCCAACUCUUAACUACAUGGAAUUCAAUACAAACAAUCACCACGUCCAAGACCUGUCUAAAUUAGACAUUUUUAUUUUCCUCUUUAAAUGCAUCCCAAGUUAAAAAAAAAAAGUAACAGACACCUAAUGUGGACCACUUCUUUUGUACAACUCUGUGUAUAAUUGUAUAUAAGAGUCGCUUUUUUU